AUGGCACCUCGCUCGUUCAAGCCGUUGGUUAUCGCGGUCAGCGGAACAUUCCCAGGGUACAAGCAAGCCGAUCUAAAGGGGUUUAUCACCGAGCAAGGAGCCUCUUUCAGCACCUCGGUAUCUGCCGAGUGCACGCACCUGGUGACAAAUGAGAAAGACGUCGAGAAGAACAGCAACAAAUACCAAGCUGCUUGCGACUCCGACAAGUGUCAAGUUGUGUCCCUCGACUGGCUGAUCGACUCAAUUGAUAGCAAGAAGCCACUACCCGAGAAGAAAUACCUCCUGGGUCAGAAAGCCACCUCUCAGCCAACCCAAGAUUCCCAGUCCGCCCAGUCACCCCCCAAGAAAAACGACAAGGCGAAAAACGGAGAUGGUGCAAAGGCUGCCGCGGUGAAGACAAAGACCGUGAAGAAGGAGCCGGAAGAAGAGACCGGCGACGCAGUCAAGAAAACCAGCAAGAAGCGCGCGAUCAAGCAGGACGACGACGAUGCCGACGACUCGAGUAAGAAGCAGAAAGACUCGCAAAAGGCCGGGUUCAAGUCGCUCAAUGUUCCGGUCGAAUUGGGGGCAAUUAACGCAUUGGUGAAGGCUAAUAUCAAGACGCCCGCGAGUGUGUUGAUCGAUGAUGAUGGUGUUAUAUGGGACGCCACACUAAACCAAACCGUCGCCGCCGCAAACAACAACAAGUUCUACCGCAUCCAAGUGAUUGCUACGGGUACAGGAAAAAACGUUGCCUACCAUACUUGGAGUCGUUGGGGACGUGUCGGCGAGAACGGCCAGUCGGCUCUAGCACUUGGCCCCAGUUCGAAAGCCGCAAUCAGCCUGUUCGAGAAGAAGUUCAAAGAAAAGUCCGGUCUCAAGUGGGAAAAUCGAGUUGAUACCCCCAAGGAUGGCAAGUACACCUUUAUCGAGAAGAAUUAUGAAGAGGACGACGAUGAGCCCAAGGCGAAAAAUGGCAAGAAUGGGAAAGUGAAGAAGGAGCCUAGCGAGGACACCCCUCCCGUGGAGAGCAAACUGGACAAGCCUUUGCAAAACUUGAUGUCCUUCAUCUUCAACCAGGACCAUAUCACAAAUGCUCUGCGGGCAAUGGAUUACGAUGCCGAAAAGCUUCCGCUGGGCAAGCUCAGCGAACGCACUCUCAAGAACGGAUUCUCCAUUCUCAAAGAGCUCUCGGAGCUGAUGCUUGAUCAUAGCCUGGCGGAAUCCAAGUAUGGCACCACUUUCCUCCGCGCGGCUGAAACCCUCAGCAACCGAUAUUUCACAACGAUUCCUCAUGUGUUCGGCCGCAAUCGUCCGCCCAUUCUGUCCACCGGACCCCAGAUCAAGAAGGAGGUUGAGUUGAUCGAGGCUUUGACGGACAUGGAUGUCGCGAACGAGAUUAUGAACGAGGCCAUGGAGAUGGACGAGGUCAAUCAGCUCGAUCAACAGUUUAAGGGACUGGGAUUGAAAGAAAUGAGUCAACUGGACCACAAAUCCGAAGAAUUCGCCGAGCUGUCGAAUUACUUGAAGAACUCGUCCGGAACGACGCACUGCAUCAACUACGAUAUCAUCGACAUCUUCCGAAUUGAACGAAACGGCGAAGAAGAGCGCUUCACCUCCUCCGAAUACGCAAAGCUCAAGACCCAAAACCGCCGCCUACUAUGGCAUGGCAGCCGCUCCACAAACUUCGGUGGUAUCCUCAGUCAAGGUCUCCGCAUCGCACCCCCCGAGGCCCCCGUGAACGGAUACAUGUUCGGAAAGGGAGUCUACCUCGCCGACACCUCAACCAAGUCUGCCAACUACUGCUGCUCAUACAACAGUGCAGGAAUGGGACUCCUCUUGCUCUGUGACGCGGAGCUUGGAGAACCAAUGCACGAACUCUACAACUCGGACUACCAAGCCGGCGAACGGGCGAAGGAAUUCGGCAAAAUCGCGACUCUUGGUCAGGGUCGGACUAUCCCCGGUGGCUGGAAGGAUGCUGGCUCAUUCAAUAAAGAUCUGGGCGGUGUCCAGAUCCCGGAUGUUUCCUGUCCCCGGGGCAAUGAUAACAAAGCCAGUCUUCAGUACAAUGAGUACAUCGUUUACGAUGUUGCUCAGAUUCGUCAGAGAUAUCUUUUCUAUGUUAAGAUGUGA